AUGACGUCUUUGCUUCCUUCGACGCCUUCUAUUUCAGUGGGAUUGGCCAUCUUGGGCAUGAUUGUCAUGGGAAUCAUCGCCUUCAACGUCUUUGUAUAUCCCUUCUAUGUAUCACCUCUUCGACAUCUCCCCGGACCAAAAGAUAAUGCCUUCUUUCUUGGACAGACUGUAAAAUUCCUUCAGGUGCCUUGGUUCCCUGAACUCUUUUGCAAGUGGUCUCGCGAGUUUCCCGAUGCGCCCAUCAUUCGAUACCUGAACUUUGCCAAUGGUGAGACACUGUUUGUAAACAGUAUCGAUGCAUACAAGCAGGUCCUUCAGACCAAGAGCUCGUACUUUGUGAAGCCUGCCUUCGCGAAGCAGUUCGCGCACGAAUUCAUCGGCGAUGGACUCCCCUUUGCUGAAGGCAAGCUUCACAAGGUCCGUCGAGCAGCCAUCAGUCAACCAUUCUCGGCUGCACGACUCAGAGCCUUCUCCCCUGUUGUUCAGCAAAAGGCCGAACAACUGAUCGAUGUACUGACCCAGCAACGCAACGAACACGGUAACGUUGAGAUUGAGAGCAAUAUUUGGAAAGCAGUCCUCGACGUGAUUGGACUCGAAACGUUUGGCCUUGAUCUCAACCACCUCGAAUCCGACGAGUCUCCGUUGUUUGACACCUUCACCACGAUGAUGCAACCCUCCACGUUUGGCCAUGUUAUCAACUACUUGAAUUCACUAAUCCCGAUUCGACAGUAUAUACCCUUGAAGGAAUGCAUUGAGUUCUCUCAGAGCUGUGCCCGAGUCCGGGAGUUCAUUGUAGGUUUGAUGACGAUCCGACGUAAUCAGUGCGAACAAGGCCUUGUCAACGAAAAGAACCAAGACGCCCUCCAGUGUUUACUGGAACAUACCGACCCUGAUUGGAACGACAAGAGCGUCGUUGAAUAUGUUCUGAAUCUUUUGAUCCUUGGACAUGAUACGACAGCUUGUUCCAUUACAUGGGCCGUUCACGAGCUCUCACGCCGACCGGACUGCCAGCAGCGUCUGCGAGACGAGAUCGCAAGCAUGGACAGCACUUGCGGCGUGCCUGGCUUCAGCGAUAUCGACAAGCUACCGUAUCUGCACAACUUUGUGCGCGAAGUUCUGCGACUCUACUGCGCAGUGGCCAUGGCACCUCGCCAAGCGACCGAAGACGUCGAAAUCGACGGGACUAUGAUCCCCAAGGGAGCCGUGAUUCAACUCUCGCCCGCGGUGAUGAACAUGCACCCUCUGGUCUGGGGCCCAGAUGCGCAGGAGUUCAACCCUGAUCGCUGGAGCGAUCUCACAGGCGGCGCGAAGAGCGCAUACGCCUUUGAGACGUUUCACAACGGCCCGCGGAUGUGCAUCGGCAAGCAGCUUUCUUUCAUGGAGAUGAAGAUGAUGAUUGUAGAGAUGGUGCGCAAGUUCAAGAUCGAGAAACCUCUUGGAGACGAAGAGAAGCAGGUUGAAGUCGCUGGCCCGGCUUUUACACUGCGACCAAAGGAGAAUUUGGUUGCGCUACAGCUCAAGAAUGAAGGGAACAAAUGUUUCCAGGCGGGGGACUACUUUGGCGCCGAUAGCCUCUACUCCAAAGCCAUCAUCGCCGACCCCAAAAAUCCAGCUCUUUACACCAAUCGCGCCAUGGCCCGUCUUAAGCUUAAUUACUGGGACUCGGUGAUCACCGACUGCGAAGCUUGUUUGCAGCUAACGCCCGACAACAUGAAGGCCCGGUACUACCUUGCACAAGCACAGAUCGCUCUUCGUGACUAUGACGCUGCGCUUGAGAACGCUCUGCAUGCGCACAAGCUGUGCGCCGCCACGGGAGAUCGCUCACUCGCUGCUGUCACGGCUCUUGUUCUUCGCUGCAAGAAAGAGCGCUGGGACGAUCUUGAGAAGAAGCGUGUUCGCGAAUCGCGGGAUCUUGAAAGGGAGAUGCUUGAAUUAUUGACCAAGGACAAAGAGGCUAUGCUGGCGGGGAUAGAUGAUGGGAUGGAGAAGCAGGAGAUUGAAGAGGAGAGCAAUGCCAAGAUUGAGAGGAUGAAGGAGAUCUUUGAGAGAGCAAGGGCAGAUGGCGACAAGAAGAGAGAGGUUCCAGACUGGGCCAUUGACGAUAUCAGCUUUGGAUUCAUGGUUGAUCCUGUCGUGACCAAGACUGGAAAGUCAUACGAGCGCGCGUCUAUCAUGGAGCACCUGAAUAGGAAUCAUAGUGAUCCUCUCACGCGCGAGCCACUUGUGCCCUCUGAGUUACGGCCAAACUUGGCAUUGAAGCAAGCCUGCGAGGAGUUCCUCGAGCACAACGGUUGGGCUGCUGAUUGGUAG